UUCAUGCAUGUGAAAUAAAGGGCCAGGGGACACAGACCAUGAGGAAAGUCAGUGUUUGCUGGGAUCCAACCUUUAUGCUAACCUAUGACGCUGUUAACAUGUAAUUCAGAUAUUUGCCACUAAACAUGUCUAGUUAUGUGAAUUCUGCAUUCCUGUCACCUGGACACAGAGAACAUAUUUUUCUCCUCUUUUUGUAGCAGCCUUUCCUGUAUUUGAAAGAUACAGAAGUGGAUCUAUAGCUUUUGAAGAUGCUGAAGCUUCUCUUGCCCAUCUACUCUCCAGAUCAUCACAGCACCUCCAGCUCUUCCAUUUUUUGCUACCUAGAGACUGCCACAGAGUUAUCUGGAACAUUACCAAGUAACGGCACAGCUAACAAGAUGAAUGGAGCUUUGGAUCAUUCAGACCAACCAGACCCAGAUGCCAUUAAGAUGUUUGUUGGACAGAUUCCCCGUUCGUGGUCAGAAAAAGAAUUAAAAGAACUUUUUGAGCCUUAUGGAGCUGUCUACCAGAUUAAUGUUCUCCGAGACAGAAGUCAGAACCCUCCCCAAAGUAAAGGUUGUUGUUUCGUAACAUUUUAUACAAGAAAAGCUGCUCUUGAGGCACAGAAUGCACUGCACAAUAUUAAAACUUUACCUGGGAUGCAUCAUCCUAUUCAGAUGAAACCUGCAGAUAGUGAAAAGUCAAAUGCUGUGGAAGACAGAAAAUUGUUCAUAGGAAUGGUUUCGAAGAAGUGUAAUGAGAAUGAUAUCAGGGUGAUGUUCUCUCCGUUCGGCCAGAUAGAAGAAUGCCGAAUCCUCCGGGGACCAGAUGGGCUGAGCCGAGGCUGUGCGUUUGUCACAUUUUCUACAAGGGCAAUGGCACAGAAUGCAAUCAAAGCCAUGCACCAGUCUCAGACCAUGGAGGGCUGCUCUUCGCCAAUCGUGGUGAAGUUUGCUGACACCCAAAAGGACAAGGAGCAGCGGCGUUUGCAGCAGCAGUUGGCUCAGCAGAUGCAACAGCUCAAUACUGCCACUUGGGGAAACCUCACAGGUCUUGGAGGACUCACACCACAAUAUCUAGCUCUCCUGCAGCAAGCAACUUCCUCCAGCAACUUGGGUGCCUUCAGCGGCAUUCAGCAAAUGGCCGGCAUGAACGCUUUACAAUUACAGAAUUUGGCAACUUUAGCAGCCGCAGCAGCCGCCGCCCAGACCUCAGCUACCACCACCAAUGCAAACCCUCUCUCCACAACGACUGGUGCUCUGGGAGCCCUCACAAGUCCUGUGGCUGCAUCAACUGCUAAUUCCACAGCUGGUGCGGCCAUGAAUUCUUUGACUUCUCUGGGUACUCUCCAAGGACUGGCUGGAGCCACUGUUGGACUGAAUAAUAUUAAUGCACUAGCAGUUGCUCAAAUGCUCUCAGGUAUGGCGGCCCUGAACGGAGGACUCGGCGCCACAGGCCUGACGAACGGCACGGCGGGCACGAUGGACGCGCUCACGCAGGCCUACUCAGGAAUCCAGCAGUACGCGGCCGCCGCGCUGCCCACCCUCUACAGCCAGAGCCUGCUGCAGCAGCAGAGCGCCGCGGGCAGCCAGAAGGAAGGUCCAGAAGGGGCAAACCUCUUUAUUUACCACCUCCCCCAGGAGUUUGGAGACCAGGACAUUCUGCAGAUGUUCAUGCCUUUUGGAAAUGUUAUCUCUGCUAAAGUCUUCAUUGACAAACAGACCAAUUUGAGCAAGUGCUUUGGUUUUGUUAGCUAUGACAAUCCGGUCUCUGCACAAGCUGCUAUCCAGGCUAUGAACGGCUUUCAGAUUGGCAUGAAACGCUUGAAGGUUCAGCUGAAACGCUCCAAAAAUGACAGCAAACCUUACUGAUCUUAACCCCAGAUGCUUACUGCUCUUAUUUUAG